AUGCCUCAAAUACUCAAAAUCGGCGUAAGCCAGUCGCAGACGCUGGCCACAACGGCCGACACACUCGCUGCCCUGCGAAACACCACCGAACUUGCUGCUUCCAAGGACAUCUCCAUCCUGCUAUUCCCAGAGGCUUAUCUGGGCGGAUACCCUCGAACCUGUGCGUUUGGCGCCUCUAUCGGAUCUCGUACCGAUGAAGGGCGUAACCAGUUCCUCGCAUACCACCGGUCAGCCGUCGAUCUAGGUGACACGCCUAACGGAGCGGGCGACGAUUGGCUCGAUCGCAAACUGCCUGUCAAUAAAGAGACAGGCCGGAGAGGUGAUGGAACAAGAGAGAUUCUGGAAGAUAUUGCUCGUGAGACAGGUGUCUUUAUCGUCACAGGUCUAGUCGAGAAGACUGUUGGUAGCCUCUACUGUACAGCCGUCUACGUUGACCCGGUUCGCGGCAUGAUUGGAAAGAGGAGAAAGGUGAUGCCGACUGGGUCUGAACGAUUGGUGUGGGCACAAGGUCAACCCAGCACGCUCAAAGCCGUGACUGCAACCAUCAAGGGCGUCAAAGUCGUCAUGGGCUGCGCUAUCUGUUGGGAGAACUUCAUGCCUCUGUUGCGAUACUCGAUUUACAGUCAAGGCGUCAAUCUAUGGUUGGCUCCUACCGCCGACCCCAGAGACACUUGGGAGAGUCUGGUCAAGACCAUUGCCUGUGAAGGAAGAUGUUUCGUCCUCACUGCCAACCAAGCCACCAAGCGAAAGGACUUGCCUGAAUGGAUCACCGGCCAGGCCAAAGAGACCGGUCGCGGAAGAGAGCAACUAACCAAUGGAGCCUCCAGCAGCGGUGGCACUGUUGUUACCAACGGUCCUGCCUCUACCCAAAGACGCCGCUCCAUGUCUACACGAACCGAAGAAAAUCACGAGAUUGCGUGGCGAUGUAAGGAUAAUGUCAUUUCCGAAGAAUCAACACUCGACGAAGCUGGCAUCAGUACGAAAUUGCAGAACACCUCCUUGGCACCUGAAGAGACUGCCUCUGUCGUCGACUCAUCUGAAGAAUAUGUUUCUGCUGGAGGUAGUUGUAUUGUCAAUCCCAUGGGCAAAACCAUUCAAGGACCAGUCUGGAAUAAGCAGGAUCAGCUUCUCUACGCCGAAGUCGAUUUCGACGAUUGUGAUAGAGGACAUAUGGACUUUGACGCUGUUGGUCAUUAUAGUCGGCCAGAUGCCUUUAAAUUGACGGUUGAGGGCUUGGAUUUGGUGCCUCCGCCUUCUUGA